AUGAUCAAGAUGCUCACGGGCGAAACCGAGCCGACGCAAGGUACCUUGUGGAAGCACCCGGCGAUGCGCUUUGCGUACGUCGCCCAGCACGCUUUCCACCACAUUGAGCAGCACUUGGACAUCUCGGCCAACCAGUACAUCCAGUGGCGCUUCCAGUCCGGUGAGGACAAGGAACUCAUGGCCAAGGAAACGCGCAAGCUGACGCCGGAAGAGAAGGAGCUUCUCGCCAAGCCCGUCAACUGGGAAGGCGAGAAGCGCGUCUUCGAGUCGAUCGAGAACCGCCGCAAGCUCAAGAAGUCGUUCGAGUACGAGGUCAAGUGGAUGAAGCUCCCCGAUACGGAGAACUCGUGGAUCCCGCGUGAGAAGCUCGAGAAGUGGGACAAGACCAAGAUCGAGCAGAUCGACGCCGAAGAGUCGGUCGACGCGUUCGGUAACAAGGUCGUCACCAAGGUCAAGCGAAAGCUCACCCGCAAGGAGCUCAAGGCCAAGCUCAAGGCCAAGAAGGACGCCGAGAAGCGUGGCGAGUACUACUCGGACUCGGACCUUGACGGCUACGAGGAGUAA